CGCGCGAGGAUAAAUCCACGCGGGCAACGAACGAACCAAUGACGACAGGAGUCGCAGGAAAAAGCGCGCCUCUCUCGAUUAACCUAUGAGUGAAUCUUUGUCUCCUCGCAUAACGUGUGUUGUUUACAUGGUACAAAAUAAAGGCAGGAGGCGGCAUACCUCAGCAUACGAAUGCCGUUCCAGAUGCCAGAGAAAAGAAUUGAUCGGUCAGAUUUUUACGAUUGAUGGUGAACUCCGAAAACUGGACGUUUAUGAAUGUGGAUACUAUGCUGUUUAUUACAUUAUCCCCACCGCUGCUCUGACACGACCGUCCACUUUUUGAAUUCGUACGUUACAAUACAAAAGGAGAGCAGUACAUUUUUCGUUGCCGAUGCAGCAUACACAAAUACUAAAAAUUUGGAGUUCUAAUGGCUUGAAUUCUUUAACUGGAAGUAUGUGGUGAAACAUGCAAGUUUCGAGAUAAUUUUUGUUCAAUGAUUGAAAUAAUCAAAGGCCAAAAAAUGCCUAAUGUCAAACUGUGAUUGUCAACAAGUGAAAUUUUUUUUAUAAAAUUAAAGGACUAGUAAUAACAAUAAGUGUCAUUCAAAAUGGAUGUGUGGGAAAAAAUCAUUGUGCAGUGGAUAAACAGCCUCCAAGAAGAUCCUGCUGAUCACAUUCAAUCAUGUGACGAAUUAGAAGAUGGCACAAUUUAUUACAGAUUAAUAAACAGAAUCAAGCCUUGGGAUUGCAAUAAGUACAAUGGUGACAGCAAAAAAUCUAUGAUCAUGCAAUUUUUAAAUCAUGAAUAUCCUAAUAUUACAUUUAUUAUUCAUGAUAAAGAAUUUGAAAUGUUUACCAUUGCCAUUUUAGUGCUCUCGAGAUUGUCUUUAGAAACAGUUUUUCAUACAUCAUUGUGUUCCAAUAUGCAGAGUGAUGCACAAGUUAAAGUGAAAUCUAUUUUAGAGUCUGUGUAUGAUUUGGGGAAAAAAAUUACUCUGGAUGAUGUGCAAUCACUAUUUCUAAAUACUGAUAAGAGUACUUACAUCGAAACUCCAAAUCACGUAUUAAAAGAAUUUUUAAAUUCUCCUGUACCUCAAACAGUUUCGAAAGAUAAUAAAAUAUUUGAUCAAGCAAGACAGUUACGACAUUUGCGAGCAGAUAUUGAAACACUACGUUAUGAAAAAUCUGAACUUAUAGAAGACUUAAAAAUACAAGAUCGAAAAGUGAAUGAAUUGCAGCUCAAAUUGCAAGAAGCAUUGGUUGAAAUCAAAUCAUUGCGAGAUGAUUCGUUGAAAAGUAAUGAUACGAGUUUCAGUAGCCCUAAUAAAAUAAGUGGUUCAAAAUCUAACGAAGUGAUGUAUGCAAAAGAAUUACAUAGUUUAGAAAAAUACGUGGCUGAUCUUCAAGAAGAAAACAAUCAAUUGUUAAAAGAAAAGAGUAAAUUAGAAGCUGAAUGUCAGAAAUAUAAAUCCAAAUAUCAAGUGGUAAAAGAAAAAAAUAAAACUAAUGAACAUGUCAUAGAGUCUGUACUUCAGCAAAUUGAAAAAAAAGAAGAUGAAUUGACUGAUUUGAAUUAUAGAUACGAGGAACUUCGUUUGCAUUUUAAACAAAAACCAAGACUCUCUCAAAAUUAUAAUGAACAUAGUUUUGAAUCCAGGGAUAUUUCUCGUUUAGGUGAAGUUUCACUUGACAAAAGUGAGAUUCUUAGUUCUGUUGUAGAAGUUCAAUUACAGGAUACUAAAAAAGAACUCAUACAUACACAAAAUAAGUAUAAAGAAUUGGACAAAGCUUUGACAGUUACUUUUGAAGAAUAUACAAAAUUUAUGACAAAAUAUAAUAUUAUGGAAGAAAAUUAUAUUGAAAUGAAAAACUUAUAUGAUACAAAGUGUGCUAUAAAAAGAGAUGAUCAAUUCACUCAAACUAUUCUUGAAAAUCAAGAACAGUACACUCAAACUGAGAUUAUUCAAAAUGAUGUAUUUUCACAAACUGAAAUUGUAUGCAAAGAAAGUUCUGCACAAACAGAAAGUAUUUUGAAUCAAGAACAACACACCCAGACAGAUAAAACUAUUAUUCAUGAUAGAGAUUCACAAACAGAUACUUCAACAAUUGGGAAUAGAGAACAAUAUAUACAAACAGAUAAUUCUACUAUAAAGAAUAAGCAACAGUCUAUUCAAACAAUUUGUUCAACUAUUCAAAACAAAGAUCAAUAUAUGCAAACAGACAAAAAGAGUAUUGAAAGUAAAGAGCAACAAACAGAUACUCUGAAACUUGAAUCACAAGACAUUCAAACUAACUGUUCAUUCUUUGAAAAUAAAGAGCAGCAGGUGCAAACAGAUUAUCUAGAAUUGAAGGUGCAACAUACUCAAACAAUGAUUGAAGUAGAAGAACAAUGUGUACAAACUGACAGUUCAACAAUAGAAAAUAAAGUACAAAAUACUCAAACUGAUUGUAUUGAAACUGAAAUGAAGGGCAAUCAAACAGAUUUACCUAAUAUUCAAGAACAGUACGUUCAAACUAUUACUUCAACAAUUGAAAAUAAAGAACAAUGUAUACAAACGAAUCCAACUGAAACACAAGAACAAUCUAUGCAAACAUAUAGCUCUACGAUUGAAAAUAAAGAACAAUUUAUACAAACGAAUCUAACUGAAACACAAGAACAAUCUAUGCAAACGUACAGCUCUACAAUUGAAAAUAAAGAACAAUUUAUACAAACGAAUUUAACUGAAACACAAGAACAGUCUAUGCAAACAUAUAGCUCUACGAUUGAAAAUAAAGAACAGAUGAUACAAACUCAUAGCUCAACUGUAGAAAAUCAAGAACAAAGUAUUCAAACAGAUUGUGUGUCAGUUGAAGUGCAGCAGACUCAAACAAGUACAAUACAGAUACAUGAACAAAGUAUGCAAACUGAUAGUUCUACAAUAGAAAACAAGGAACAAAUGAUACAAACUCUUAGCUCAACCAUAGAAAAUCAAGAACAAUCAAUGCAAACAGACUGUGUAUCAGUUGAAAUGCAAUACACUCAAACAAGCACUAUAGAGAUGCACGAACAGUUAAUACAAACUGAUAGUUCUACUAUAGAAAACAAAGAGCAGAUGAUACAAACGUAUUGUUCAACAAUUGAAAAUCAAGAACAGUCUAUGCAAACAGAAAAAGUUGAAAUGGGAAAUCAAAUCAUUCAAACUGAAAAUUUACCUGUUGAAACACAAACUACACAAACAGAAUUGAUAAGUAAUAUUGAAUUUUCUACUCAAACUGAACACAAAAGUGAAGAGCAGCACACUCAAACAGAAAAUAAUAAUGUUAAAGUAAAGAUUGAAUAUAGUUCUGAUGAUAAGGAAAUGCAGAAGUCAGUAGAUCUUAAAAAUAAUAUUAUUGUUCUUAACAGCGAUUCAACACUAGAACAAUACACUGAAAAAUUAUCUGAUCUGUUCAAAAUAUUAUUCCAAGAUCUAAAGAAUAACUUGAACAAGACUUGUGCUGUUUACAAACUGCAUGACAAUGAUUCAUCAAAUGCUGAAUUAUUUACUUUAUCAGAAUUAAAAGAUUCCAAUAUGAUACAUGUUGUUGUCAAUAAUAUUUUUGAAAGCAAAUUGAAACUUUUGGAAAAUUUGAAAAUUAUUAAUUCAACACCAUUAAAAGAAAAUGAUGUCAAUUUAAUGCAAGUGGCAUGGAAAUCUACGUUUGAGUCCAUUAAUGAAAAUUUGAAAACUCAUAAAGUAUCACUAUUGCUGGAAAAAUCAUUUUCAUUAUUUGAAGAAAAGAGUAACUGUUUAAUGCAGAGUAAUAGUAGCAUCCUAUCAGAAGUUGAAGAAUUUUUCUUAAAAAGAAGUGAGCUGAGCACUGAAAUUAAAAAAUGUAAUUUGGAAGGUUUACAAACUUUAUCAGUUAAACUAGCUUUAACUGUACAAUUUGUAUCAAUAAUGAGUCAACUUAAUAAUUCAAAUAUGACUGAAUCUGAGAACUUCAAAGAAUUCAUGACAACUAUGAAUAAUUUCCAGACAAUUUACAAUAAAUGGAACGAAGAGCAUUCUUGUAAAAUUAAACAAAUUACGAAUCUCAUCAAUAAACUAAUAGUUAUGUAUAGAUUAGCUGAGUCUUGUGAGUAUAAAUUAAAAUCUUUUAUAAAACAAGAAAGUAAAAAGGUUGAAGUAGAUUCAGUCAAAGUUGAAAAAGAAAUUCUUGAAGUUCAGAAACAUAGUGCUAUUCUUGAUGAAAAAUUAUUCAAACAAAAAGCUGAUGAGUUGCUUACAAAGCAAAAGCAACAAUUUGAAAACUACAUGAGAGAAAUGCAUGAAAAGUACGAGCUUAAACUUGAAAAAAUGAAAGAUAAGAUGAAAACUGUUUACAACAGUCAGAUAGCUGCUUUGAAAAAAGAACAAGAGCAACUAUCAACAAAUGAACUCAAAUCUCUGCAGGCCAAGAUUGAACAGCAAUGUUACAACCACACAGAGGAAUUGAAGAAGUACAAAAAACACAUCAGUGAACUGACUACUCAAUUGUGGGACGUGGGAGAAAAACUCAUCAUUGAAAAACAGAAAAAAGAAGAAUUUAUGAGUAAAUUAAAAGAAACAAAAAUUAAGUAUGAAAAUUUAGAAAUUGCUAGCAAAAGAAACACUCCAGAUGAAAAUUUCAAACAUCCACCUUUGCGGCAAGAUUCAAGAACACUUUCAAUGAACUCCAUUGAAAAUAUACCGCCAAAUAGAAUUCACUUUGUUAAAGAUUUUCAGAUUAUGGGAAAUGCCUUCAAAACUGAGGAUGAAGAAGGGGAAAUAUUUGAUCCAAUAUAUUUAACAGAAAUGCAAAGAAAUCAAACGGAAUUUCCUUUGUCCGAUCCUGAUCGCCUGUCGGUAUUGCAAAUGAGAAACGCUAAAUGUAAACCUCAUUUGAAGUCAUCUUACGCUACGGAAAUGCUCAACAACCCCGUAGGUUUGACGGAAGACGAAAUUCGAACUGGUGCUACUGCAGAUGAGAUUUUCAAUGAUAGCUGGAGCCAUAGCCUACUAACAGGAAAAAAGGUGAAGAAAAAGGACAGAACGAGAAAUGGUUCUGACACUCCGAGACAAAGUCGUCGAUUUAGCAAUAUCUUCCGUAAAGGUAGAUUAUCAACAGGUGGAAAAUCAUAAAAGACUAAUUCUUCUGCACAUUUGAAACUUCAAACAAUUUUAAAUGUACAGAUUGGAAUAUCGUUCUCCGAGUUUUAGACAUUACCCUUUUGAAAAUUGUAUCCGAUUAACAUCUUUUAUUGUAUUUUAAAUUGUUAAUGAUUUAUGCAUAAAACAGUUAUCUAUAACAAUUUUGAAAUCUUGAAAAGAGUUAAAAAUUUCUAAUUUUACAACAAGAAUUCUAUAUCAUUGAUGAGUUCAAAUUAAGGAGUAAUUGUAAUUUUAUAUAUAAAAUAGUGCCGAAUAUAAUAAAAACAUGUAAAUAUGUAAAUAAAAUUUACAAUGAAUCUGAUGAAUAAGCAUUGGCAACAAUCGAAAAUAUUUUUAAAAAAUUUCGCGGUAAGAAUUUUACAAUAUUCUUAUUUUAUGAUCUGACUAUUUCUCGUACCAGCAAGAAUAGCAAAUAGUGAUAUGAUUUGAUCAAAUAAGUGGCAAUAAGAUUAUAAUUAAGUUCCUAAUUGAAGAAAAUGUUUUUUUUCUUGACACGUGAGAAUUUUAGUUCGUAUUUCAAAAAUAAAGUACUAAAAGCAUAAUUGUGUAUAUGAUACUUUACAUCGUAAACUUUUUUUACUGCGACGAAAUGUUUAAAUUGAACUUUUUUUACGAUUUAUUUUUUAAU